AUGUUCUUGGGGAAGUUGCAAGGUGGUGUGGCAAACCCCAAAGAAGGAGGCGCCAAAGGCGACCGCGACAACUACUACAAUAGUGCUGAAAGGAAGGAAAGCAUGAUGAACAACUGCAACUUUCAACACUAUCUACGCCAAGUGCUCAUGUACCAAUCCCGAUGUAAAACCCGUAACACGUUGAUCCAAAUUAUCUCCAAGACCAAACGCAUUCACGACUCUCUUGGCAACAUCGACCCCCGCUUCCCUCCAUAUGCUGUCGUGUUCUAA